UUUAAUCAAUUAAAACAAAGCUUACAUCCUAGGAAAUUAACAACAAAGGAGAAAUACAAAGAGACAAGACAACAACGUAACUCUACGUACUUGGGAAAAAAAACAAAAAAAAAACGAAACAUGUCGUGGCAAACCUAUGUAGAUGAUCACUUGAUGUGUGACAUUGAAGGUACAGGUCACCAUCUCUCUUCUGCAGCGAUCCUCGGGUUUGAAGGCAGUGUCUGGGCUCAGAGUCCCAAUUUCCCUAAGUUUAAAGCAGAUGAGAUCACUAAUAUCAUGAAAGAUUUUGAGGAACCUGGACAUCUAGCUCCAACGGGUCUAUUCCUUGCUGGGACAAAAUACAUGGUCAUCCAAGGAGAGCCUGGUGCUGUUAUUCGUGGUAAAAAGGGAGCUGGUGGUAUAACCAUCAAGAAGACUGGCCAAGCACUGAUUUUUGGUAUCUAUGAGGAACCAGUGACUCCAGGACAGUGCAACAUGGUGGUUGAGAAAAUUGGUGACUACCUUGUUGACCAGGGAUUUUAAUUAGUCUCUCUAACUUUAAAAUUCAUUCUCUAACUUUAAAAUUCAUUAUUGCAUAAUAGAAUUUUGUUGUAUUUUCUAGGGCCAAAUUGGCUUUGGAGUUAUUUUCUUUUCUUUUUUGGGAAAAUAACAAGCAGCAUGAGACAUUUUCUCUUUUAGGGUUGCUAUAUAUAUAUUUCCCUUUUUGUUCCAAAUUUACUUCAACAACAUUGUGUAUUCAGCAUUUUGUAGACAUUUUAUUAAAAGUCUGAAAGCAAUUCUCUGUGGACAUGAUAUGAUAUUAAUUGAA